UUUCGGGGAGGCUCGCCGGUGGGAGGGGCCACCUUCCGGGAGCGCGUCCUGGAGUGGGAGGAGCUGGCUGGGCGGUGUAGUGAGGGAGCUGCGCUGGGGGGCCCCUGGCCGAGAGUUCAGAGGUGGGGAGUGGGUCCCCGCGGGGCCAGGAGGGGCGCGGGGAGGCUCUGGCUACCCGGCGAGGUUCCUGGAGGGAAGACUCCCUGCGGCCUAGGAGGAGGGGGGCCGGCUGGCCGCGGGGACCGGCUCCGGGGUUGAGUCCCCCGGGGAGAGGGAGGCGGCGGACGCCGGCCCCUCCCCGGCUGGGGCGCUUCCGGGCUCAACUUUGAUAUUCCCCGGGGGGGGGAGCUGUAGACACCUGUCCCGGCCCCGCGUAGGGACCAGUACCAGAUCGCGUUCUUCUUCCCUCUGCUGUGCUUUAGCGGAGGGAGAAAGAAGUAAACAAACAUUCCUAAUCCGCAUUAUCCGCGGCGACUCCGGGCCUUCUCCCUCCCCCAGCCUGGCUGCCCAUCGGGGUCCUGGGGCCUGCCUCUCUCGCCCUCCCUUCCCCCCGAGUCCCUCCGCCAGCCCAGCCUCAAAGUGGUCAGGGCCACCAUAACUAGUGACAAGUGUAGGAGGCGGAGAGUUUCGGUGACGCGAGAGGGUUUUCCUUCCUUGUUCCAUGUCCCAAAGCCUUAAAAUGUCAGGGAAGCGCAAGCGGGUGGUGUUGACCAUUAAGGAUAAACUUGACAUAAUAAAGAAACUUGAAGAAGGCAGCUCCUCCAAACAACUCUCAGUGAUAUAUGGGAUCGGUGAAACAACAGUUAGGGAUAUAAGGAAGAAUAAAGAAAAAAUCAUAACUUAUGCUAGCAGUUCUGAUUCAACCAGUCUUUUGGCCAAGAGAAAGUCCAUGAAGCCAUCCAUGUAUGAAGAGCUGGACAGAGCUAUGCUGGAGUGGUUUAACCAGCAAAGAGCAAAGGGGAAUCCUGUCUCUGGACCGAUUUGUGCAAAAAGAGCAGAAUUUUUCUUCUAUGCUUUAGGAAUGGAUGGAGAUUUUAAUCCUUCAGCUGGUUGGCUAACUCGUUUUAAGCAGAGACAUAGCAUUCGUGAGAUUAACAUCAGAGGAGAAAAAUUAAAUGGAGAUGAAACUGCCGUGGAUGAAUUUUGUAGCAACUUUCGGGAAUUUGUUCAGAGGGAGAAUUUACAGCCUGAGCAAAUAUAUAAUGCUGACGAAACCGGACUAUUUUGGAAGUGCUUACCGUCAAGGACGUUAGCUGUUAAGGGCAAAUUCACUGCUUCUGGGCACAAGUUAAUUGAAGAAAGAGUCACAGUCAUGUGUUGUGCCAAUGCAACAGGUUUACACAAACUUAAACUUUGUGUGGUGGGAAAAGCAAAAAAACCACGUUCCUUUAAAGGUACUGAUACCUCAAAUCUGCCAGUCUCCUAUUUCAGUCAAAAAGGUGCCUGGAUGGACCUUUCUAUUUUCAGACAAUGGUUUGACAAGAUCUUUGUGCCACAAGUUCGAGAGUACUUAAAAUCCAAAGGCCUUCAAGAAAAGGCGGUACUGUUACUGGAUAAUUCACCAACACAUCCAAAUGAAAAUGUCCUGAGGUCAGAUGAUGGCCAAAUAUUUGUAAAAUAUCUGCCACCUAAUGUAGCCUCAUUGAUUCAACCUAUGGAUCAGGGUGUCAUAGCUGUAAUGAAGAAACACUAUAGAGCAGGACUCCUCCAAAACAACUUAGAAGAGGGUAAUGAUCUGAAAAUGUUUUGGAAGAAACUAACAUUAUUAGAUGCUCUAUAUGAAAUUUCAAUGGCAUGGAACAUGGUUAAGCCAGUGACUAUUAUCAGAGCAUGGAACAAAAUUUUGCCUGGCAAUGAAGAGAAAGAAAGUUUAGACUUUGAUGGAGAAGAAAUUUCAGCAUCUACUUUAGCCACCAUCUUACAGCAAACACAAGGAUGUGAAAAGGUGGACCCUGAGAAUAUUGAACAGUGGUUUGAAGUGGACAGUACUGAACCAGGUUAUGAGGUGUUAACUGAUAGUGAAAUAAUCAGAAGAGCACAGGGCCAAACUGAUGAAUCAAGUGAAAAUGAGGAAGAGGAAGUAGAACUGAUCCCAGAGAGGAGUAUUAAUCAUGCAGCUGCUCUCAAGUGGACUGAAAAUUUAUUGGAUUAUCUAGAACAGCAAGGCGAUAUGAUUCUGCCUGAUAAAUUGGUAAUACGUAAGCUUCGGGCCACCAUAAGAAAUAAACAGAAGAUGACAGUGAAUCCAACUCAAUAACAAUAUUUUAAAAUUUCACUGUCCUGGUAAUUGUAUUUAUGACUAUUAAUCUAUUUGCAAUUUAGCUUAGUUUUCUUUAAGUGUU